AUGGCAAGCAGGAAAUUGAAACCGUACUUCCAAUCCCACCAGAUCAUCGUCCGGACCAGCCAACCCUUGAAAAAGAUUCUGGAAGGGAAAAACAAAUCGAGCCGCGUCACUAAUCGGGCUAAUCAACUGACAGAUUUUGGCAUUGAAUACGAGCCACAAACGGUCAUCAAAGCCCAAGCCCUGGCUGACUUCAUUGCUGAAAGCACUAUCCCUCAUCAUCAUCCCGAAGCCAAUCAAGAAUGGAGGCUGUACGUAGAUGGGUCCUCCACGCAAUCAGCAAGUGGAGCAGGACUUCUAAUCGUAUCUUCCGCCGGGGUUCGUAUGGAAAGGGCAGUUAGAUUCGAGUUUGCGGCAUCUAACAAUGAGGCAGAAUAUGAAGCACUACUAAUGGGGCUUAAAAUAUGCCAUGAAGCCGGGGCUAAAUCCUUAUCCGCUUUUUCCGACUCCCAAUUGAUAGUCGGACAAGUGAACGGGGAAUUCGAAGCCAAGGAUGAUAGCAUGAAGAUGUAUUUGCAGCAAGUAAAAGAAUUUGUCAAAAACUUCGAAAAAUUCACAGUGUUUCACAUACCAAGGUCCCAAAACGCACAAGCCGACUCCCUGGCAAAACUCGCCAGCUCACCCGAAACAUCCGCGGCUCGUGAUAUUAUCUGGGAAGUGCUUCUUAACCCCAGCAUCAACUUCAUGGUCAACACCAUUGAUAGAUUAGAAACGUGGAUGGAACCAUACAUCAAAUAUUUGCAAAAUCAGACGCUCCCCCAAGACGACAAUCAGUGUGUUUCUCCUGAAGAAGGAAACUACAUCCUCCGCGAAAUACACGAAGGUGGAUGCGGAAUACACCAAGGAGUACGAACUGUGAUUGGAAAAGUCCUUAGAAAUGGAUACUAUUGGCCAUCUCUCAGGGGUGACGCCGAAACAUUGAUCAGACGAUGUCCCCAGUGCCAAUAUCAUUCAAAGAUUGGAAGAAAACCGUCUAACUACUUGUCCCCCAUGCAAGCCGUCCUGCCUUUUGACAAGUGGGGUAUAGAUCUCCUUGGCCCCUUUCCUCCGGUGAAGGGACAACGCAAAUUCAUUAUCGUGGCCAUCGAUUACUUUACCAAGUAUGUGGAAGCAGAAGCCCUUAGCUCAAUCACAGACAAACAAGUCUGUUAA